GGUAGUGGGUUACACUCUGCAUGCUGAUGUGGUAUUGAAAUGCCCUUAAAUUAUCACGACUUUCUCAUGUUUACACCGUCCAUAAAGAUGUGAUGUGGUCUAAGAACGUGAAAUUUGCUCAAUGACCUGAUUUUAGAGAAAAUGACCACUAAAGUGGUUUAUUUCACUGUGGGAGGAAAGCCCGAACAGGCGGAAUUCGCGACCGAUUUCCCCGUGGAUGAAAUCAAAGACUUGUUUCGUUGUGCAGCGGAAGCUGGCCCGUAUGAUAUUCUGAAACUCUACAACACGAAAGGAAAUAUAGUAAAUAUCUCGCCUUCCCUUCAAGAAAACACACCAGAUUCGCGCUAUCGCCUGGAAGUUGUCGCAGCGAAUUGUGCAAGCUGCGGGUUUUGCGAUUCAGAGUCAGGAUGUUCACUAGAAGCUGUAGAAGCAAGGCUUCAAGCAUUGGAAAAGAGUUUCAUCUUAGAGAAUGGAGAAGCAUCUUCAGUUGUUAAAGAUAUAAAACUGAAAGUUGAUUCCUUCAAAGAAAAGCUUGAGAGUGUUGAACACCUUAGCUGGUUAGGCCUGUUUAAGGAAAUGUCAAGUGGUACUUCCAAGAGACCAUCAUCUGAGAAACACAGUUUACGAAGAAGAACUUCCACUGAACUGAAUUCUGUGCUUGAGAAAUUUAAAAAAAUGUCGAAUGCAGAACUUACUGAUGAAACAAGAAACCUUUUAAGGAAGCCUUCUUUUGACAAUUGGCAAUGGGAGGAUGCAGAGAUGUUAUAUCUGCUUCAACAGAUGUACAAAGACUUAAACUUGACAGAAAUAUUUAACAUUGAGAUUCCCCUCCUUCAAAACUUCUUGUUUGAAGUUUUCAGGAAUUACAAUGCUACACCUUUUCAUAACUUCCGCCAUGCUUUCUGUGUGACACAGAUGAUGUAUGGCUUAAUAUGGUUGACGCAAAUCCCAGGCAAGGUUCAAAAUGUUGAUGUUCUUGUGAUGCUGACAUCAGCUUUGUGUCACGACCUGGACCACCCAGGCUAUAACAAUGCAUAUCAGGUCAAUGCCAGAACAGAGCUGGCCAUACGAUACAACGAUAUCUCGCCACUGGAAAACCAUCACUGCGCUGUGGCAUUUGACAUCAUAUCUCAGCCUCAUUGUGAUAUCUUCAAGAAUAUCGGCCAAGAUGUUUUCAAGAAAUUCCGGGAAGGAGUGAUCAAAUGUAUUUUGUCAACGGAUAUGGCAAGACAUAACGAAAUCUUGAAUAAAUUCAAAGAUAUGCUGGCUGAUGGUUUUAACUUUGAAAACGAAGCUCACAAGUCCAUGUUAAUGCAGAUUAUGAUCAAGGUAUCAGACGUCUCUAAUGAGGCUCGACCAAUGGAGGUUGCUGAGCCGUGGCUGGAUUGCCUCUUACAAGAGUUUUUUAUUCAGAGUGAUGUUGAAAAGCUUGAGGGAUUGCCAGUGGCACCAUUCAUGGACAGAGACAAGGUCACUAAACCGUCCGCUCAGAUAGGCUUUAUCCGAUUUGUUCUGAUACCAUUGUUUGAGGCUCUUGGACAACUCUUUCCUGUUUUAGAGGAGCCGCUAAUCGCGCCGGUUCGCAAGGCUCUUAAUUACUACACCCACAUGGGCAAGACAAUGGAGGAGGAACUCAAGAAACAGGAGAAGAAACACUCCAGGGAAGAAAAUCAGGAAAAAAUAGAAACGAUACCGCAAAAAGUUGACAAAGAGACGGCUGAGGAUAAACAGGAGUCUAUGGAAACAAAGGAAGAAAAACUCUUGCUUAAAGAACAACAAAAAGACAAUAAUGUAGAAUCCCAAGAAAACCUCAAGCAACAAUAGGUACCAUAAAGUAUCUUGGGUAAAGGAGCCUGCGUCCGUUGUUAUCAGCGUCGUAGCUUAGCAACGAGUCAAGGGCGGGUUUCGUAAAAGCUUUAUUUGGAUGGAAAUAUUGGCGGGGCUGAAGACUGUCGAAUGGUAUAUGUGCAAAUAUUAGUUCAAACUUUUAUGUAGGUUAUAAAGUUUGAGCACUUUUUAUUGCUCGACGAAAGAGUUAAUAUAGUAGAACUUUAUUUUGGAGGUAGGAUUUUACACCUAAAAGAAUUUCUUCGCUUACGAUAGUCGGCCGCAUAUGAGAAACCAUCCAAUGUCACUUUCAAAUUCUCUUUUCUGAUUGAUCGAUUAUGCGCGGAAUACACUUCGUUGUUAUUCUUAGUGGUUAGGCUUGUCCCGAUUGUGCUUGUAAAAUGCUGGAAAGUUGGUCGCUGGAAUGCCUUAAAGUUGCUUUAAAAUUGUCAAAAAUCCAAAAGUUGCUGCCCAAAUUUCAAAGUUGCUGCGUGAAUUUGUUGAUAUUUUUAUGUAAACAUUAAUUAAUGGUUUUCUUUUUUUUUUCUCGCAAUAAUUGCCAACAUCAGUCAAGCAAAAUAGUAUGAAACUUAGGUCGUAAAUAUGGGCGAAAUUUCAGGAUAUUCAUCAGGCUAACGGAACAAACACGUGAUUCAUAUGGCGUCUUACCAAACGAAACGUUCUCAAGUGACAGGUUAUUUGUUCCAAAGAUUAAUAAAAGUUCAAAAAAAUUUGCAGAAAUUGAAAUUUCUAUGAAGUCGUCGACGUUUUUCGUGCUUGAUAUGUUAUUCUAAACCUACAUUCCGCCUAAAAAUUGGUCAGAAAUACAAGAAUUUCUCAGAGUUGCUAGAAUCGCAAAGAGUGGUUCCAAACGCUAAGAGUUGCUCAUAAUUUACCGAGCACAAUCGGGACUGGCCAUUAGAUGGUCAUCACGUGACUUGCAUUUACCGCUGAGCCGGCGUCUUUUUUUGAGGUAUUCAUACAGUGUAUAUUUACCACAUAUUUAUUAAGGAACCAAUUUCGAUGGUAUUUUCAUACCCAAGCGUUCGUUACAACAUCGAAAGCAGCAAAUUCGUACAGAAUCAUUUACGAAUUCUUAGUUCUAUACAUGUAUGCGUAGCAGUCUACAUCUUAAAAUUUACUUGUCUAAGUUGUUCUCAGAAAGAAAAUUUUGCAGUUGAUAAGUGGCUGAAUUAGGAGCACAAAAACACUACUGAAUAUCAGGAGAAAAGCACGUCUAACUUACGGACAAGUGCUUUUAGCGUUAGAGAAGAUUAAAAUGCUCUCUAACGCGAAGAAACCAUUAGUAUUAACGAGUAUGACUUUAGUUCGUUGGAAAAGUCUAGAUAAUUAUUUGGCUUUGCGUUUUGUUGCUAAUAAUUUUUCUUUCCGCGUCCAUUGAUAUCAAGGCAGUCUAAGGUUUUCUAUUUUCGCUAACUUCAUGGAGGGAAGGAAGGAGGGGUGCUGGGAAGGAAGGAGGGGUGCUGCGGGUGGAGGGCACUUUCAUGCCCGUGCGCAAUCCUCUUACAUGAGAAAUUACUUAGAAAAUAACCUCUGUCUUACGACUUUGCCUAUUAUGUAAGGGGUUUAUUUUUGGUGCUAUUAAACUCAAGACACAAGUGUG